AUGCAUCUUUCUCAUACAGGUAGCUACGAUUACUUUAUGCAGAAGGAGAUAUUUGAGCAACCCGAAUCCAUCCUCAACACGAUGCGCGGACGUGUGAACUUCAACGACAUGUCAGUGCUGUUGGGUGGCAUCAAGAACAACCUUGUGGACAUUAUGCGGAGUCGCCGACUGAUGCUGAUUGGGUGUGGAACGAGCUACAACGCCGCAAUCGCCGUUCGUGAGUUAAUUGAGGAGUUGACCGAACUACCGGUGAUGGUGGAGUUGGCAAGCGAUUUUCUCGAUCGUCGCACGCCCGUAUUCCGCGAUGACGUGUGCGUGUUCAUCAGUCAGUCUGGCGAGACGGCGGAUACGCUCCUAGCAUUGAGGUAUUGUCUCAAACGGGGCGCCAUGACAAUGGGCAUCACCAACACGGCGGGAUCGACACUGUCGAGGGAGACGGAUUGCGGCAUUCACAUGAAUGCAGGGCCGGAGAUUGGUGUGGCCAGCACAAAGGCCUACACUAGUCAAAUCAUCGCCUUGGUGAUGUUUGCUCUGAUUCUGUCCGCCGAUAGAAUCUCACUGCAGGAGCGAAGGAAGGAGAUUAUCGAAGCACUUAGUCGGUUGCCAGGUGAGUUGGCGAUUGUGCAAAUAGCCGAGGACAUGGUUCAUGCACGAAGCAUCCUUGUACUAGGGCGUGGAUGUCAUUAUGCAACAUGCCUAGAGGGAGCAUUGGUACGAUGA